GGAGGCAGCGAGGUGUCUCCCCAGAUCGCUGCCUCUGGCAAGUGGAGUUUUUAAAAAGCUCGGGCAGAUCAUGUCAUGACGACUUCGCUGCUGCUGCACCCGCGCUGGCCCGAGAGCCUUAUGUACGUCUAUGAGGACAGCGCGGCCGAGGGCGGCGGCGGCGGCGCGGGCGGAGCGGGGGGCGGCUGCGGCGGAGCGAGCCCCGGCAAGGCCCCCAGCAUGGACGGGCUGGGCAGCGGCUGCCCGACCAGCCACUGCCGGGACCUGCUCCCGCACCCCGUGCUGGGCCGCCCGCCCGCACCCCUGGGCGCCCCCCAGGGCUCCGUCUACACGGACAUCCCGGCCCCUGAGGCAGCUCGCCAGUGCGCCCCGCCGCCCGCGCCCCCCACCUCGUCCAGCGCCGCCACCCUGGGCUAUGGCUACCCCUUCGGCGGCAGCUACUACGGCUGCCGCCUGUCGCACAACGUGAACCUGCAGCAGAAGCCCUGCGCCUACCACCCAGGCGACAAGUACCCGGAGCCGUCGGGCGCGCUGCCCGGCGACGACCUGUCCUCCAGGGCCAAGGAGUUCGCCUUCUACCCCAGCUUCGCCAGCUCCUACCAGGCGAUGCCCGGCUACCUGGACGUGUCGGUGGUGCCGGGGAUCAGUGGGCACCCGGAGCCGCGCCACGACGCGCUCAUCCCCGUCGAAGGCUACCAGCACUGGGCUCUCUCCAACGGCUGGGACAGUCAGGUGUACUGCUCCAAGGAGCAGUCGCAGUCCGCCCACCUCUGGAAGUCUCCCUUCCCAGACGUGGUUCCCCUUCAGCCUGAGGUGAGCAGCUACCGGCGUGGGCGCAAGAAACGGGUGCCCUACACCAAGGUGCAGCUGAAGGAGCUAGAGAAGGAGUACGCGGCCAGCAAGUUCAUCACCAAAGAGAAGCGCCGGCGCAUCUCAGCCACUACGAACCUCUCCGAGCGCCAAGUCACCAUCUGGUUCCAGAACCGGCGGGUCAAAGAGAAAAAGGUGGUCAGCAAAUCGAAAGCACCUCAUCUCCACUCCACCUGACCGCCUGCUGCUCCACCAGCGGUUCUGCCCCGUCUAUUUAUGUCGCUGCUUUGUACCACAAUGGAGCCCACAGAAGGACCCUUUGCUGAUGCAGACAGAUAUUUAAUAUUAACAAGCAAGAUGACUCCUGCUGUAGGGAGGCAGAGAGGAAUGGAGGUCCCACACCUGACCCCACCCUCAAACCCCACCCCUUUUAGACGGGGCUUACCGGGACUUUGGAAGUGGGGCUAGGUGGGCCUGGUAGCAAGGCUGCCUGUCCUCGCUCCCCUUGCCCGCAUCCCUUGCCUGGUCUGAAAGCCUAUGGAAAGCAGAGAAGAGCUCAACUAUUCCAACCGAAGCAGGGAUGGGGGAUCCCCAUCCACCCCCUUCUUGCUUGAGCAGCUAGAGCCCUGUUGAGGGCUCUGUGGCACUGACAGGGUGCAGGGUCUAGUGGGCAGCAGUGUCCUUCUCCCAGUCCCACCUGCUCCCCACUCCAAAGGUUCUCCUUAGUUAAGCAGUGAGAAGAUUUCCCAGUGAAGGUUUUCUGUCUCUGUGUUUUCUGUGUCUCUGUCUCGGGGGACUUUCCAAGUCCCACUAAUAGAUAGUGGCUAGGGGUCUGGCAUUGUGAGUGGAGUGCUGGCGGCUUUCUGGCUUUUGUUCUUCCUUUCCUGUCCCAUCAAAAGCUGGAACUGACCAAGGAGCUACCUAUCCCCUAGAAACCAUUAAACUGAAUUUCUCUGGAGCCACCUUUGCCCACUCUCUGCCUCUGCCAUUUUGCUCCAGGGUCACCAUUCUGAAAUCAAAGGACAGAAACUCCAGCCAAGCUGCUAAUGUGUCUCUUCUCUCCUCUGUCUUUCUUUGGUGAGGUUGGGGGGAGUCAGACCAGGGGCAGAACAUAACUGGGUUUUUUUUCCCCCUAAAGAAAGGGCAAGCCUCUCUUCCAAGGGUCCAGACAGUCCCCAGAAUCCCCUUCUCCCUUUCAGCAGUAGCUCAGAAAAGAGGCCUCCCACUUUCACUUUUUCUGAGUGUGCAGAAGAAAGCGGGCUUCUUCUAGGAGGCCAAACUGGGCCCCAAUUAGUCAGCUAAGGUCUAUCCUGUCUAACGUUUCCCUCCUUUAAGACCAGUUUGGUGCUGGGGACCCCUUACCUCCCUUCCCAUGGGCACAUUACAAAACAGUGUUCUUUUGAAAUGUUCAUCAGAAAUAGGCUUUUUUAAAAAAAUAAAAACAA